GUUAACUUCCCCAUUUUCUGAUGCAUCCUAGUUCUCUUUUAAAAUCAACCUUUGCAAUUUUCUCUGCGUCCAUCGGCAUCUGAAGAAUAGGAGAAAAUUGAUUAAGAUUGGGGCAUUAAGGGCAUUGAUAUUCGAUCCAGAGCAGAGAAGCCAUUAAAAUCGUAAGUAUCUUUACCUUUCUCCUCUGAAGAUAAGCUAGUGGACAACUCUUUUGCAGCAUAUGACAUUAAAUGCUGCUGAAAGUUAAAGGAGACAGUGAGGAACAGCAGUGGUAGUUUCUACUUGCUGCAUUAGCAAUCGAGAGACUUAAUUUCCUUUCUGGGUAUGUUUUGCAACUGGAAUACAGGAAAUUUAAUGGCGACCUCACCAUUUACAGCAAGAAAUAGAAGUUGAAAGACAACGAAACGAAUAGAGAUGUUGGUUUCUAUUCUAUCCUUUAGCAAUUGAGGGGGAGAUCUGCGUGUGAUUUUACUUUCUGGGUUUAUUUGUAAAUGGAGUACAGGAAAAUCAAGGACGAGGAUAAAGACAAGGGUGUCCAUGGUGAUGACAUAGAGAGUUUAAGAAAGAAAUCUCUUUCAGCUCCUAUAAGUAAUGUGGCUACAACUGGAGGUGUUCCAAAUGAGAGAUCCAAGUGGAAGAGCAAGACAAUUGUUACUCUUGCAUUGACUAUUCUCACUAGUUCGCAAGCCAUACUUAUUGUUUGGUCCAAGAGAGCUGGCAAGUAUGAGUACAGUGUUACUACAGCAAAUUUCUUGGUGGAGACUUUGAAAUGUGUGCUAUCACUUGCAGCCUUGGCAAGAAUCUGGAAAAAUGAAGGUGUUACUGUAGAUAACAGGUUGACUACGACUUUGGAUGAAGUUAGUGUUUAUCCCAUUCCUGCAGCUCUUUACCUCAUCAAGAAUUUGCUUCAGUAUUACAUCUUUGCCUAUGUGGAUGCGCCAGGUUAUCAGAUACUCAAGAACCUUAAUAUUAUCAGCACUGGUGUUUUAUAUCAACUGAUACUUAAGAGAAAGUUAAGUGAGAUUCAAUGGGCAGCUUUCAUUCUAUUAUGUGCUGGAUGUACCACAGCACAAUUGAACCCUUCUUCUGAUCAUGUUCUUCAAGCACCUUAUCAGGGUUGGAUAAUGGCCAUUGUAAUGGCACUUUUAAGUGGUUUUGCUGGAGUAUACACUGAGGCUAUAAUUAAAAAGCGUCCUUCAAGAAACAUAAACGUGCAAAAUUUCUGGUUGUAUGUCUUUGGGAUGGUCUUCAAUGCUGGUGCCAUUCUGAUUCAAGAUUUUGAUGCAGUCAUGAACAAGGGAUUCUUCCAUGGAUACUCCUUAAUUACAGUUCUCAUGAUUCUCAAUCAUGCACUCAGUGGUAUUGCUGUAUCCAUGGUAAUGAAGUAUGCGGACAACAUCGUAAAGGUCUAUGCUACUUCAGUGGCCAUGCUUCUCACAGCAGUUGUCUCUGUGUUUCUAUUUGGCUUUCAUCUAUCCCUUGCUUUCUUCCUCGGCUCAACUGUUGUCUCUGUCUCGGUGUAUCUGCACUCCAUUGGGAAGUCAACAAGAUAACAAUAUCGAGUUCCUGCAGUCUCUGCCAAAUUCAGUGUAAAGGAUUCUACUAAAAUUCUUUUGCUCUUUAUCUUUAUUUCCUUCACAGUUCUCUUGGGUUUACCUAAUUAAAAUCAUAAGACUAGAAGAGAAGCAUUAUACUUCCUGUAGUUCUGUUAACAAUGAAUUCAUGAUCAAGCAUGAAAUACUCUUGAGAGCUUUUGUACUGCUUGAACCAUAAAUGAGUAAGAGAGAACCAGUUUCAUCUGUAAACCUCCUUAAUGCACUCUUAUUUAGGCACUUCACUAUUCUGAUCAUAUUUUGCUCGCAUGAUACGAUGCGCUAUUGUAAUGCUCCCAUACAAGCUCUGUCGCGUCAACUCCUUUGAGUAGUGUUUGUUUUGUUGGCAAAUCGAACCUCUUUUCUUGCUGUUUGUUGGUUUGGUUGUGGAUGGUGGCGUUGCUCCAGAUUAUUGUUUUGCAGUGUGCUCUGAUUUGGUUCCUCAUUUGCUCUUUUCGUCGCGUCUGGUUCUGUUUGACUCGGUGCUUCUUGGUGCUCUUGUCUGUGGAUUGCUUUUUGGAAUGUACCGGUCAUCUUCUCCGCCUGGUUGUUCUGGUGCGACGGGUUGGCGGUGAAAGCGGUGCAGUGCUGGCUCUGAACAGACAUGCUCUUGGGCUGUGGGCUUUGAUUUGUGGGAUUUGGAUUGAGCUUUCUUUAUCCUGACUUGUAUUUGCUGCCCAAUAAACUUUAGAAAUGCAAUUAACAUUUGCAUGGUAAAAAAAAAAGGAAAAAUUUUCAAU